AUGCUCACCCACGCCACCGUCCUCGCUCUCGCCCUGACACCGCUGGCCUCCGCCCACGGCAAAGUCGCCGUCGUAACCGGUAACGCCGGCGGCAACGGCACCGCCCUCGCCAUCCAAGGCGGUAUCGUCCCCGGUUCCGGGCCUAACUCCAAGACCGAAGUAGACACCACAGUCUUCCACCACACCUCCAUCCGUACCAACGGCCUCGGCAAAACAACCGGCGCAGGCCACAACGACCUCGGCCAGCUCGUCCAUGCCAUGGCACUGUCGGGUCCCACGCUGCCCCAACUCACCCCCGGCGGCAACCUCACGGGUAUCUUCCAUGUCGUUACGGCUGAUGGCGCCGGGCCCAUCCAGGCUGUGCUGGAUACCACGGCUACGGGGCAGUUUUCGGAUGGCGUGCCGUUGACUGUGGUGAUGCAGAUUCCGGGGGUAGGGGGAAAUUUUGUGGGGGGAAACAACAACAAACGCUCCCUGAACCCUCUCAGUUGGCUACGCAAACGCGGCGCGGCCAACGUGAACCAGAGCUUCGAGUUCGCGUUUGCCGUGCCCGAGAACACCACGUGUACCGGGGUCGUGGCCGGGAUGACGGGUGUGUGUCUGGUCAAGGUGGCGAAUGCGAACCAGGCGGGCCCGUUUGGGGGGGUCGUGCCUGUGCAGAUGGUUGCUGCGGGUGCUGCUGCGCCUGUUGUUACUGGUGGGACUGGUGUUGGGGCUGGGACUGGGACUGGGACUGGUUCGGGUGUGGUUGUUUGUGGGGGGACGGGUCAGGCGUGA